GCUACCACAUCCAUCGCGGGCGUGGGAACUUGACAGGGAAGACACGCGCGAAAGCGAGAAGGCGCUCUCAACUAGCGAGAGGCUUGGAGUCAGGAGUCACGAAUUCAGCAAGGGCCCAUAUCGCAGGAAGCCGCGAAAGAUGUCGGACACCGAGGCAGGGCCAUCGAACCUUCCACAAAGACCAAGCUCCAAAGCAAGAACAGAGCCUGAAAAUAAUGCGGAUUUUCAGACGAGGGCGUAUUGGGACAAGAGGUACGCUCUGGAGGGCGAUGAGGACUUUGACUGGUUCAAAAAGUACGGUGAAGUCAGAGAUGUCUUUAGAACUCUAAUUCCUGAUCAGAGCAGUCGCAUUCUGAUGCUCGGUACUGGAAACUCGACUUUGAGCAAGGAUAUGUAUGUGGAUGGAUUCAAAGAUAUUACCAACAUCGACUUUAGUACCGUGCUGGUCGAGCGAAUGAGAGCGCGACAGCCAGAGACGCAGUGGAUGGUCAUGGACGUGCGUGACCUAGCUUCUCGAGCUUCCGAACUGGGCGGAAUCGGCAGCUGGGACAUCGUCAUCGACAAAGCCACUUUGGAUGCUUUGAUGGCCACCGGGCCUGGAGAGAGCGUUUGGGAUCCUUCGCCCGAGGUCAGGAGAAAUGUGGCGCUGGAAGUGGAUGGCGUAAUGAGCCUUCUCAAACCAGCCACGGGCAAAUUCAUCUACCUCACUUUUGCGCAGCCUCACUUCAGAACGCCUUACCUCAGUCGGCCUGGGUGGGACCUGGAGGUCAAAACUCUUGAAAGCACUGCAGGAACGUUCCCCUACUAUUUGUUCGUCAUGUCCAAGCGGUGAAAGAGGAAAGUCUGCAGCUUUUGCGCGGCAAUAUCACACCGAGACGGGAGAAGCGCUUGGCGAACUUGCGAGCCGAUCCUGCAUGCCAGCUUCGAUAGGAGGUAUGCCAGAACAGCUCGAAUGACACAUCUCUAUUCGUCACUUUCUCGCGUAC